GGGAGGAUAAGGAGGAUUACGUUCACAAAGAAAUAUGAGUUUCACAGUGACUGGAUUUGGAUAUUUACUCUUCAUCAUAAGAUUAAUGCAAGCGGAAGCAAUGGAUUGUACGACAAACAAACAAUGUGUGUGUCAUAAAGUCAAUGGACAAUUGUGGGCGAAUUGUGAAGGCCUCAGUCUAACUUCUGCUCCGACAUUUGAUAGAAAUGUCAUGGGAAUAAAUCUUGCUAAUAACAAGAUUUCGAAUUUCCCAACAACUCUUCCAUCAAACAUUGUUUACUUGGACAUAUCGAGGAAUUGGAUUAAAAACAUUAAUCAACGAUCAUUGGAAAAAUAUAAUUUUAUGAGGAAUCUAAGCAUUUCCGAUAACUUGCUUCAAACUAUUGAACUUGGUACCUUUCAAAACUCUUCAAAGCUUGUGCACUUAGAUAUUUCCGGUAAUCAGGAACUGACACUUGAGGUUCUAGCUAACGUAUCAAGUGAUUUAAAAAAUUCAACUUCAAUCCGAAUUCUAAAUUUUGAAAAACUGCAAUGCACGUACGGAGUGAGUUUAAUUGUUAAAAAAUAUCAUCUUAUCGAUCUUAAACAUACACGACUGGAAAACCUUAACUUGGCUUCAAACCGCAUCAACAGCCUUGAAUGGGGCGUUCUGUCGGAGCUUCCCACGUCGCUAAAACAUUUAAAUCUGGCCAAUAAUGUACUAAGUUUUGGAUUAUAUAUAGUGGAACUCGGAAAUGUGGCCAACUUGCUGACCAUUGAUGCAAGUUUUCAGUCUUCCUUCCAUCAAUUAAAAUUGAAGGACUUUUUCAUUGGCUGCAAUGAUACAAAACCGGUGUGUAACAAUUCGUCCUCCAAUGACAAACAUGUAGACUUGUUUAUGAACGGAUGGCUUUCUGUUCAAAGACAAGCUAAUAUAACCAUCUCCCUGCCCUCGACAUUACAAUAUUUUUACUUUCACGAUAAUUUGUAUAAGAUGACUCUUCAAGAGUUUACAUUCAGAUUUUUCGGGAAGCCUAUGCUGUCUCAUAUUUACAUGCAGAACAGUAUAAUUUAUAAACUGAAUGGACCAAUGAAAGGCUUAGAAAGUGUUAUUUAUGCAGAUUUCUCAAAUAACUUUUGCAGCUAUAUUUCGCCGAGAUUUUUCGAAGAUUUUAAAAACCUGUCUCACCUUGAUCUGUCCAAUAAUGUUCUCGGUGAAACUAUUGAAAAUGAUAUCAAUGGAGAUAUAUUUCAAAACCUGCGCAUGCUCACCUCUUUGAACCUUACCCGAAACAGGAUCGCUCACCUUCCCGCAAAUAUAUUUCGAAAUCUCAUUUAUCUGGAAAAUCUUAACCUCAGUUUUAAUUCUUUGAGUACGUUUACAUUGCCCUUGGAGAAUAUGGUUAAUUUGAAAUAUCUAGAUCUCUCCAAUAAUCAGAUUUCCACAAUGAAUAAGACAACUAGGACAACUUUGGACGCUAUUUCUAAGAACAAGACCUUCUCGUUGAACUUAAAGGGUAACAGGUUAAGAUGCAAUUGCGAAAACUUCGAAUUCGUAAAAUGGUUGCUUACUGCAAAGCAUGUUAUUUUCCAAGAUUUUGAUGACUAUAUCUGUACCUUAUCAAAUUCCUCAAAGAUUAGAUUCUCAGAUAUCGAAUUACUCCAACUGAUGGAGAAACAGUGUUCCUCAUAUACCCUCAUCAUUGUCAUUAUGACGUCAUUAAUUAUCGUCAUCUUAACAAUCACCACGAGCCGUAUUCUUUAUAGAUAUAGGUGGAAGUUAAGAUAUAUGUAUUACGUGGCGAGGGAAAAAUAUAGUGAUCAAGGGCAAGAAAAAUUAGGCGAGGAUUCAUUUUAUUUUGAUGCAUUUUUUUCUUACUCAGAUAAAGACAGAAUAUUUGUUAUCGACCUAGUCAAGCGUUUGGAGGAGGAAUUCAAUCUAAGACUGUGUAUACAUCAUCGUGAUUUCAUCCCAGGAACAGGGAUAGCUGAUAAUAUCACGAACGCUAUUCACUACAGCAGGAAAACCGUCUGCAUCAUAACGUCGCAGUUUUUACAAUCAUACUGGUGCAUGUUUGAACUAAACAUGGCGCGCAUGGAGGCCAUUUAUUCCAGAAAUGGUGAAAACGUUCUGUUUUUGGUGGCUUUAGAGAAAGACGCCUUGAAAAAACUACCAUUCUCAUUCAUGGAUUUGAUCGAUUCAAAAUCUUAUAUAGAAUUUCCAGAGGGUGGAGAUAAAGAUGAAGUAACAGCCUUUCGAUCCAAACUUGGGGAAACAAUUAAAUCUCAUGACAAUUACUUCAGAUCUCUUUCAGCAGAUACAUUUGGUGAUAAAUAAGUAUUUUGCUAUAAUUGUAAUUUUAUCAUUACAUAUGUUAUAGGUGGAUAUGAAUUGUAAAGCAUAGACGAAAACAGCUAGAUAAAAGGUAGAUAUUUUUAAAUAUUAUGUAUUUUACUGCGCAUAGUAUAAGUUAUUGGUGCGCAUGCGUGAGGAGAUAAUUGUUUUCUUUUAUAACACUGUGCAAAAUUUGACUAAUUUUGGACCUAUACCAGAUUUUGUGCAGGAAUUUUGUGAAAUUUUGUGUGUUCUGUAGCAUUGCUAUUCAAUUUUUUUUAUUUCUGGGAUGAAUU